AUGUUAAAUUUGUUUUAUGUAAGUGAGGAAGUAUAUUCUUAUGAAAAUGAGGAUAAAAUAAAAAAAGCAUUAGAGUUUGAUAGAAUAGGAGAAGUAUAAUUAGAUUUAGAAAAUAAAUCAAUAAGUUAUAAAAUUAAUCGUAGAAAAUGUAUUAGAUUAUCAGAUUUAAUAUUUUGGAUUGUAAUACAUUUUCAUUUAUAUUUAUAUAGGAAUCCGAUUUUAUUCGUAUUCAUUUAGGAUAAUUGCUUUAUUUAUUUGUUCAAUUAUUAAAUUAAGUAUAACUAAUUGAAUCUUAAGGAAUUGAACAUAAUUAUCUUGAUUUAAAUAGAAUUUGGCUUCAUUUAACAGAAAAUAGUUAGUAUCCUGCUCUUAUUUAUCAAAUAUUAAUAUAUUCAAUCCAUUUUACAGGAUAUUAAUGUCCAAUUUAUGAGAAAUCUAAAUUUUUACAAAAAGCAUCUAGUAAAAUGAAAGAAAUUAUAUAAAUUAUCAUCAAUCGUUGUUUUAAUAGAAUUCAUUUAAAAUGGACUAAUAAUGAUAAAAGGAAUUAAAUAUAUAAUGAAAUAAUGAUACCAAUAAUUAAUUUAUGUAAAUCAUAAAAUUCAAAUAAUUAUGAUAUCAUAAGAUGCAUUUCAGAUUUAAUGAAGAAAUAUAAUUAUAAAGAAGAAUUAUAGAAUAAAUUAAUUUAAUGUUUAGAUAUUGAUGAUAAUUGUAAUGAUUAUAUAAACUCUNUAAUUUCUCUCUUCAAUUAAAAUUUUCUAUUUUCUAAACACUAAAUAUUUUUCAAUCAAUUUUCGUUUUAAUAUUUUAACUCGUCUACAGGUAAUAAUCCAAUAUAAUAACUUCCAGAUCAAAACUCAUUAAUAAUUUUCAUUAUGAAAAAAACAGGGUAAAAGCUUAAAUAAAAUAACAUUCUCAUAAAACUUAAAGUUCUAAGACUAUCCACUUUUGCAUAAUUAAACUCUCCGGAUUUUCAUUAAAUUUUCUUUCUAUUUAUUUGUGUAAAAUUAGAAAUUUUAUCUCAAACCUUUCAUAGUAUAUUUCAAACUUUAAUUAAAAUUCUUAUAAUUGAAUAUAUUAAAUUCUCAAUUAGCAUUGCCUUCUUAAAAAAAAAUAAUAACCUUAUUCUAUUAGGAUCUAAAUAUUAAUGA